AUGCAAGUUGUCAUUACUUGGCCAUCUCCGUUACUUUGUCUCAAGCUAAAUAAGCCCUGUUCCUUUGAUAUCGUCCAAAUACACCUUUGGUUCUCAAAGGCAAGCAUUCACUGGGGUGAAAAGAUUGGUGUUGUGGAUCGAACAGGGAGCGGGAAAUCAAUUUUGAUCCAAGUGUUCUUUAGGCUGGUGGAACCUUCAGGAGGCAAAAUUAUCAUCGAUGGGAUUGAUAUAACCACAAUAGGGCUUCACAAUAUCAGGAACUGUGGAAGAAACAUUGAUCCAGUAGGAAUGUAUUCAGAUGAAGAAAUUUGGAAGAGCCUUGAACGCUGCCAACUUAAAGAUGAGGUAGCUGCAAAACCUGAUAAACUCAAUUAUUUAGUGGCUGAUGAUGGCGACAACUGGAGCAUGGGGCAAACACAGCUUCUCUGUUUGGGGCGAGUUAUGUUGGCAGCAAAACACUCACAUCGAUCCAUUGACUGA